CUUGGCUGUUCCCAUAUUUUUUAUCAACGGUAACCCAAGAAUUGCCAACUGGUGACACAAUAGCUGAUACAUUUUUAGCCUAUUUUACACCUAAAAACGUUAACAUUUUAAUUUGGUGAUUUGUCAUACGUUUCCGUUCCUAGUUUUGUGGCCUGGAGAAUGGCAAUGCGCAUGUGCAGCCCUGGGUUUCCUGACUCGCCGGUUUCCGCCAUUUUCUACCUUUUACCAGAGAAAGAAAUUCACCAGAGUCAGUUUGUACAGCACCAAAGUAAGCAGGGUUUGCACAGUAAUAACAGGCAGGUGUCCCAGAACAUGGAUGACGACAGCUACCCCAAGACCCUCUAUGUAGGUAACCUGUCCAGAGACGUGACAGAAGUCUUAAUCCUUCAGUUGUUUAGUCAGAUUGGACCAUGCAAGAGCUGUAAAAUGAUUACAGAGCAACCAGAUAGCAGAAGGGUCAACGCUUCUGUUGGAUUUUCUGUUUUGCAGCAAACAAGCAAUGAUCCCUAUUGCUUUGUGGAGUUCUACGAACACAGGGAUGCUGCUGCUGCACUGGCAGCAAUGAAUGGCAGAAAGAUAAUGGGAAAGGAAGUCAAGGUAAAUUGGGCAACAACUCCAAGUAGCCAGAAGAAAGACACAUCCAAUCACUUCCAUGUCUUUGUGGGAGAUUUGAGCCCGGAGAUUACUACAGAAGAUAUCAAAGCUGCUUUUGCUCCGUUUGGUAAAAUCUCGGAUGCUCGUGUUGUGAAGGACAUGACAACAGGAAAAUCAAAGGGCUAUGGAUUUGUGUCUUUCUACAACAAACUGGAUGCAGAAAAUGCAAUUGUACACAUGGGUGGACAGUGGUUAGGAGGCCGACAGAUUCGGACUAACUGGGCUACUCGUAAGCCACCCGCACCAAAGAAUGUCCAAGAAAACAGCUCUAAGCAAUUGAGAUUUGAAGAUGUUGUGAAUCAGUCGAGCCCCCAGAAUUGCACAGUCUACUGUGGAGGCAUUCAGUCAGGAUUAACAGAGCAACUUAUGCGUCAAACUUUCUCACCAUUUGGACAAAUAAUGGAAAUCCGAGUUUUCCCUGAAAAAGGGUAUUCAUUUAUCAGGUUUUCCUCGCAUGAAAGUGCAGCCCAUGCCAUUGUUUCAGUUAAUGGGACUAGCAUUGAAGGCCACGUUGUGAAGUGUUAUUGGGGUAAAGAAUCACCCGACAUGGCAAAAAACUUUCCACCGAUGGAGUAUGGCCAGUGGGGCCAGUGGAGUCAGAUGUAUGGAAACCCACAGCAGUAUGGACAGUACAUGGCUAAUGGCUGGCAGAUGCAAUCGUAUGGCAUGUAUGGCCAGGCAUGGAAUCAACAAGGUUUUGGUGUUGAGCAAUCUCAAUCACCAGCCUGGGUGGGAGGUUUCGGGGCUCAGCCAGCACAAGGACAAGGGGCCCCUGCUGUAAUGCCAAACCAAGCGGGCUUUGGGAUGGCAGGUUAUCAGACACAGUAUUUACUACAAAGCCUCCCCUGCACAUCAGCACCCUGAAGUACGAUAAACGCAUCUAGUGUGCAAUGGAUUGACACACUGCUUCUUGGGAUGACAGAUGAUAAAUGACGGAAAGGGACCCAGUGGGCAACAGCCUUAAAGCUGUAGAUAAAGAAUGUGCAAUGUGUGACUGACAUUUGUUGGUUCUGUGUGACAUAAAUUAAACAAUUUAAAAAAAGAAGCCUUGUUUUAAUUUUACAAUAUUAACGCAUCACCCCCCCCCCCUCCCCCUCCCCCUUAAAACUUUUCUUCAUCUGAGUUUCUGAUAAUAAUUAUAAUAAUAAAAUAAAAAAACUUGUAGAGUCACACAAGUUAUGAAAUAUCUUGAGAGCUUGAAAUAUUUUAGUUUUUUUUUUUUUUAUUUUGGUCUUGAAAUAUAUUGCCCACUGUAAAAUAUGAUUUUUCUAUGGCAAUCUUGUUAAACAUGUAAUCUUAAACUGUUCUUUGUGCCAUUUUGUUAAUGGAGAUGCAGUUUUAAACUGCACUAAGCUGUGAUUCUUUUUUUAAACAGUUUGAGGGUGGUUUGCAUGUUUAAAAACAAAACUGUAUAAAUGCUGGGUUGCUUGAGUAAAGUGUAAAUGGCUAAAUCAUGAAGAUGUUUGAAUGAUGAAUAAACUUGAGUUACUGUCUGAAUUUCAUGACUUCAGGUAAAACUCUCAAUAAAUUGAAAUUUGGAACCAAA